CGAAAGAGGAAGUGAAGUGACUCGCUAGCUAGAUACCGAUCGAAUCUUGCCUACUCUCGUAAGAAGAUUUACAUUACAACUUACAAGCCAUGGACGCAUGUGAUGUGAAGAUGUACUACAUCAUCAUCAUAGAGGACCCUGGGUUACCCACGGUGCUCAAAAAUGUUGGCCACAUCUGUUACAUCCAGGAGAGCAGGUACAUGUCAAUGCUUAGCAGAUCUGAAUUUCUGCAGGAAUUGCCUGUCAUCUGUAUGGGCUCCAGUUUGGACAGUUCCCUGAAGGUAAACAACCUAAAACCAGUGACUGCUAAGGAGGCAGAGCUGCUGCAAGCCCUAGGAGAGGACUCAGAGAGACUGAAGUGGUAUUUAGAGAGGGAUGCUUUGGAUACAGCCCUGGGUUUAACUAAGGAUGCACCUGUCACUGUGGAGUUGGAUGGGAAGUGGCUGCAGGGAAUUGUACGUUACGUCGGAAGGAUGACAGAGCCAAAGUACCCAGACCCCAUCGUAGGAACCUUCUUUGGCAUCGAACUACAGGGAGAAGACAAAGGAAAGGGACCAACAGAUGGGACAUAUCUGUCAAAAACCCUAUUCCCCUGCAAGAAAGACUGUGGGAUUUUUGCUCCAUUUUCCAGAGUGAAACCCAUGGUUUCCAAACCCAAAUUGGUGUCCAAGUGUCCGACCUUUCCAGCAGCCCAGCUGGCCACGCAACCGUCGCCCCAACAGGCCCACCAUCAGCCCCUCUCCACAGGAGACAGAGUCACCUUCUUCAUGGACGAGGACAUCCUCCAUGGGAUGGUGAUGGAUCUGGAGGAGAAGGAGGGCAGGACCUUAGUCAUCAUCUCUACUGACCGGGAUGAGAAGAUCACCCUACCGCUGGACAGCGUCAUCAAAGGGGAACUGCUUCAACAUGAGCCUGAGCCUAUGGAAACUGAUAAGGCCAUUAUGCCUAUGGAGGAGGUUCACCCCUUGGGGCUUGGUGUUGACUCUCUAGUGGAGGUGACUCUGGCUAUAGGACCUGGCUAUGGAACCAUCCGCUGGAUAGGCACUUUGCCUGGGCAGAAAGGAACCUACGCUGGACUGGAGCUGGAGGAUGGGUACACUGGGGUUAGUAAUGGUACCUUUAAAGACCAUCGGUUCUUCAGAUGUCUUCCUAGACAAGGUCUCUUCGUCAAGCUUCUAUCCUGCCGGCCUGACUCCCGCUUCCAGGGGGCAGCAGACAUUCAGAAUGAGAGGGCAUCAGCCAAUGUCCUUCAUGAGAGACAGGUGGUCCGCAGCCCUGGGGCGCUCCCCUCCUCCCCCAUCGCCUCUGAGCAGGUCGAGAGGAUGCUGAUUGGUCGAAUGAAGGGGAUCCAGGGCCAUAUAAACUCUUGCUACAUGGACUCCGCCCUCUUCAGUCUGUUCUCCUGUUCCUCAGUUUUGGACUCCCUGCUGUUUAAGUCAACAGAGCCUAGGGAUGCCCCCAUCCAGAGUACCCUGCUACAUGACAUCGUCAACCCGCUCCGCAGUAAAGGUUUUGUGGAAGGGAGACACAUUAUGAAGCUUCGUCAGCAGCUGCAGGAGCUUGGAUACUGCCACACAUUCACCACAGAGGAGAAAGAUCCAGAAGAGUUUCUUACCCUCAUUAUGCACCAUAUUUUCUGUCUGGAUCCUCUCCUCAAACUGUCAGCUGGGGGAAAGGUCCAGGACAGUUACUGUUAUCAAAUCUUCCUGGAUAACAACCACAGCCUGGUUUUGCCUACUGUCCAACACCUGCUGGAACACUCCUUCCACAGCGCAGGACUCAAACUGGCAGAGGUGCCAUCUUGUCUGAUCCUCCAGAUGCCUCGCUUUGGGAAGAAGUUCAAGAUGUUUCAGAAGAUCAUCCCUUCACUGGAGCUGGACAUUACUGACCUCCUCUCUGAAGGUCCCCAGCAGUGUGUGUUGUGUGGUCAGCUCGCGUAUGAGGAGUGUGUGGACUGCUUCAGAGACCCAGUCUUCAGCAGGACAGGAUUUAAAGUGUUCUGCAGGACCUGCUCCUCUCAGGUGCACUCUCACCCCGAGCGGCUGUCCCACAGCCCCUCCCCCCUGCAGCUCCCUGAGGGUUACCCCGCCCCCGCUACCCUCCGAGCCCCACCCCCUGCCCCACCCAGAGAGAGACUGGAGCUGUUUGCAGUGCUGUGCAUAGAGACCAGUCACUAUGUCUCCUUCAUCAAACACGGACCAAACAGCACAGACUGGAUCUUCUUUGACAGCAUGGCUGACAGACAUGGAGAGAGGGAUGGCUUCAACAUUCCCCAGGUGGAGGCAUGUCCAGAGGUUGGCAUGUACCUGGUCAUGUCACCCGCCGAGCUGGCCAACCAGGUACCUCGGGACAUGAAGGGCGUGGCUAAGCGUCUGUUCUGUGAUGCCUACAUGUACCUGUACCAGAGUACCAGCAUCAGCCUCUACCGCUGACAGAAGCGGAACCACAUGGCAUCGGGCAGAAAAGGGCGCGCCUCAAAGCUGAAUAAAUCAACAGUGAUAACAUCUUCUCACCACUUCAUAUUCCUAAUGUGAUCAGAGGGAGAUGAGAGAGGGUCAGAGAGCGAGAUAGAAUCACAUAGAGGUAGGGUCAGAGGGACAGAGGCUGGGGGGCGGGUGCAUUGCUUUUGGAAGGCUGUUGGAGCACUUUUCUUUAGGAAGUGGGUUAACUAAGGAGAUAAUUUGGUCUCAUAAACAUUAACACAGGAGCAACAUACUAUUUAGCCUCAAUCUAUAUGAAAUAAUAAACAUGUUUGUUAUA